ACAACAUAAAUGUUAUCAAUAAAAAUUUAAUCAAACACCAUCAAGUCUUUAUACAACAUAUCUACUAUUAAAAUUAUCUAACAUUUAAGUGAUCACCAUUUCUACUAACAUAUCUACUAACAUAUCUGUUACUUUAAAAAUUAUUUAUCAAACUAGUGCUAAGCAACCAAAUUCGCAAAACCCUGAAAAGUCAAUCAAAAUUCCUCUACACACAAACACCCCCUUGACUCGGGUCCCUUUAGAUGUUUAAGACUUGCCAUGUACUAGACCAAGUUGAUCACAAAUGGAUUACUCUCCUCAACACUCCACCACCCCAGAAUUCUCCCAAGAACAACCCAAGAAGGUGGAGAAGUCCUACAGAGGAGUCAGGCAGCGGCCAUGGGGGAAGUACGCGGCAGAGAUAAGGGAUUCCACGAGGCAUGGAAUCCGGGUUUGGCUCGGAACAUUUGAUGAUGCAGAGGCAGCUGCUCUGGCUUAUGAUCAAGCAGCCUUAUCAAUGCAGGGUGAUAAAGCUGUCCUUAAUUUUCCGAUUGAGAGAGUCCGGGAGUCACUUGAAAACAUUAACUACCAUUGCGAGGUGGGUUGCUCCCCUGCCAUGGCACUAAAGAGACUAAACUAUAUCGAAAGGAAGCGUCUGCGGAGAAGGAAAAAAGAGAUGGUGGUGUUGGAGGAUCUGGGAGCUGAGUAUUUAGAGGAGCUCUUGAUGCAAUCAUCUUCUGAUUUUAGUUCCUCGAUCGACGAAGAUUGAAUCGAAUUCUCCUGGUAUGGUCAAUCGCUGUGUACAUUUUUGCUUUAAUCCAAACCCUCUAAUGACAAUAAAAGUUGUGUACAUGGGUUUGACCUGAAACUGGUAAUCUAUGUUCUUAUGUUGUAAUGUUCUUUUCA